GGGUCGGAUCCUCUCGUUUCUCUCGCCGUAGCUGGCGAACGUCUUCCCUCCGUCUCCCCCAUCUUUGGGUGCUGGUCGCCGUGUGUCUUCGUUGUUCCCUCGCACGGAAGGCACCGCCACCGGAUCAGCCUUCUCUGAACCCUAUUUACUAUUUAUACAGUAUAUUCCGAUCUCUGAACUCCCUCGUAGAAGGACGGGAGGGAGGUUAGUGGAGGGCUGUAAGGUUGUACACAUAAAGGGGACUAAAAAUGGUUGACGCUAAUAACAGUCUCAGAGUGCUUGUUGCAACUGAUUGUCAUCUUGGUUAUAUGGAGAAAGAUGAAAUUCGUAGAGUUGACUCCUUUCAGGCUUUUGAGGAGAUUUGUUCUAUCGCCGAGAAAAACCAGGUUGAUUUCCUCCUCCUUGGCGGUGAUUUGUUUCAUGAGAAUAAACCUUCAAGAUCUACUUUGGUCAAGACAAUUGAAAUUUUGAGGAGGUACUGUCUCAAUGACCGUCCAGUGCAGUUCCAAGUUGUCAGUGACCAGACAGUGAACUUCCAGAAUAUCUUUGGUCAUGUCAAUUAUGAAGAUCCUCAUUUCAAUGUUGGGUUGCCAGUAUUCACUAUCCAUGGGAAUCAUGAUGAUCCUGCUGGAGUGGAUAACCUUUCUGCCAUUGAUAUCCUCUCUGCUAGCAAUCUUGUGAACUAUUUUGGUAAAAUGGUCCUUGGCGGUUCUGGUGUUGGUGAAAUAACAAUUUAUCCUAUACUCAUUAGAAAGGGUAUCACUUCAAUUGCCUUGUAUGGUCUUGGAAAUAUUCGCGAUGAACGACUCAACAGAAUGUUUCAGACGCCACACGCCGUGCAGUGGAUAAGGCCGGAAGCCCAAGAAGGUUUUCCUAUAUCAGAUUGGUUUAACAUACUGGUUCUUCAUCAAAAUAGAGUCAAGGCAAAUCCUAAGAAUGCGAUAAAUGAACAUUUCUUGCCGCGCUUUUUGGAUUUUGUUGUGUGGGGGCAUGAGCAUGAAUGCCUUGUGGAUCCUCAGGAGGUACCAGGAAUGGGGUUCCAUAUUACUCAACCAGGGUCAUCUGUUGCAACAUCAUUGAUCGAUGGAGAAGCAAAACCGAAACAUGUACUUCUCUUGGAGAUUAAGGGAAGUCAGUAUAGACCCACAAAAAUACCUUUGAAAUCAGUCAGGCCCUUUGAGUAUGCUGAGGUUGUCCUUAAAGAUGAGGAUGGAAUUGAUCCCAAUGAUCAAGCAUCUGUCCUUGAACAUCUGGACCAAGUGGUCAGAAACCUGAUUGACAGAAGUACAAAAUCAUCCAUAAGUAGAUUGGAGCUCAAGUUACCUUUGGUGAGAAUUAAGGUUGAUUACUCUGGAUUUUCAACAAUUAAUCCUCAGAGAUUUGGCCAGAAAUACGUUGGAAAGGUUGCUAAUCCUCAAGACAUUCUCAUAUUCUCCAAAACUGCAAAGAAACGCCAAUCCAUUGAAGAAAAGAUUGACGAGUCCGAAAGACUUCGUCCAGAAGAACUAAAUCAGCAAAACAUUGAGGCUCUAGUUGCUGAGAGUAAUUUGAAAAUGGAGAUACUCGCAGUCAAUGAUUUGGACAUUGCAUUGCACGACUUUGUAAACAAAGAUGACAAAUUGGCCUUUUACUCGUGCUUGAGGAAUAAUCUCGAGGAAACAAGGAACAAACUGACUGUUGAAGCUGAUACAUCAAAAAUUGAUGAUGAUGACCUAAUAGUCAAAGUGGGAAUGUGCAUGCAGGAACGUGCGAAAGAGAGGUCACUUCGUCAGAAGGACAAUAUGACAAUAACAACGGGCUCACACAACUUUCAGGAUCCCAGAAGGAAAAAUGCAACUAUCCCUACUAGUGCUAAUUCUUUUAGUGAUGAAGAGGAGACAAGGCAGAUGCUCUCCAUUUCAAAGUCUUCCCAAGGAAGAGGAGGGUCUACAAGGAGAGGAAGGGGAAGGGGUUCUGGUAGACUAAAGCAGAUGUCACUAGAUGAAGCUAUGAAAACCCGCCAAUCUACGAGAUCAGCGUCAGCCUCCAUGUCUGUGGCUACCAGAAAUAUUGUGGAUGAAGGAAUCGACUCCUCUUCAAGCGAGGAAACAGAAAGACAUGAAAUGAAUGAAAUUGUCGAGAGUUCUGAACCUGAAGAAACUAAUAAAGCAAAAGGUCGGAAAAGAGCUGCUCCUAGAGGAAGGGGUAGGGAUUCCGCAUCAUCUUCAAAGAGAGGGAGGAAACCAGACUUUAGUUCCAUCCACAACAUGUUCAUGAACAAGGAUGACGAUGAUGAUGACGAGGAUGACAUCUCAAACAGACUUAAGAGGGUUCAACCACGGGCAACCAAGAACUACGGUGCUAUUAGGAAGAGACCAUGAAAAGUUUUUUUGUGUGUAGCUGUGGAGAUACUACUAGAGAAAUGUGUUUUCAUCUUGGCUUUGUUUUGCUUACAAGAUUUGAAGAUUACAGGGAUCAAUGCGCUUGUUCUAACUGGAAAUGAGACUCAGAGCUAGAGGUAUAUGAAGAUAGCAAGAUUCAUGAGGUAUGUUGGUACAGGUAUCGGCUCAUCAAUAAUUUUUCCACAAUUGCUAAGGAUAUCGAUGUUCGUUUAGUUUCCUCACCAGAUUUCAGCUGAUAUAAAUUGAUUGACUUCCUAUGUAGAUAGCAAAAUUAGAAGCACUUUCAGACACAAUGCUGAGGGAAUGAGUAAUUGAUGUAGCUGGAAAAGCAGAACUCGUCAUUGUUCAUGGAGAAUUGCCUCGUGAACUUGUCUAAUAGUAGGCAUGUGAAUCUUGGGGCCUUGAGUGCUUGUCGCAUUGAUCUUUUUUCUGAUGGUAGACUUUGCAGGACAGGAAGCUGACGUCUAGCAGCAUACAGGCCAUUUUUUUGCACAGGCAGUUUCAGGCCAACCUGUAGCAUCAUGGAAGUGAAGCACAUUUUACCGUCUCUAUCACUGUUUGACAAUGCUGAAGAACAAUAUCUGUCCUGUCGUGCACUAGGUUCUAGAUUCUCAUUAAUAUCUGGGGAUGCUAAAUGCACAAAACAAAAAAAAAAGUCACUUUAUGUAAGUGGAUUGCAGUUCUGAGAGUGCUGCAUCAACAACUUGGGCAAACAGCUAGUGUUGACAAUAUUGACAAGUUUCAUUUGGGAUGCAAAGUUGGGCUAAAGCAUGUGAUAUUUGCUUUAGGGCUUAACUUUAGAAUCAGUAAUUCACAUGUCCACUGAAACAAUUUACUCAUUCGAAGCUUCAAGUUUUGUU